CAUAUUUUCUGCUAAGGCAAUACUAUCUACCUUGAUUCUUUCUUGACUUCCAAUUAUGGGCUUUUACUUGUCCAAAUCAAGAACUGUAAUGCAUAAUCUCAAACCAAAAUUGGGUUCUCUUGGUGUUAUGUUUCAUCAGAGUUCUGGGAUUGCUUCUUUCUCUCAUCAUCAGGAAUCUCAAUCUGGAUUAAUCAAAAACCUGGGUGCGGGUUCAUGUAAUAGACCGACCCUUUUCACCAUUUGGCGCUCUGAACAUUUCAAAGCUGAAAAACAGUUGGAUUGCAAGCAAAACUCUGGUGGACCUCAGGUUCUGAAUUUUCCUGGGGGAAACGUUAAGUUCACCUCGGAAUUAGAUUUCUUACCAGAAGGUCUUGAGGAGAGAGUUCACUGCUAUCGGAUCCUUGAUGAGAAUGGUGAAUUAACCUCUAGCAAUUUUGUACAGAUAUCAGAUGAACUUGCCGUUAGGAUGUAUACUUACAUGGCCAUGCUUCAGACUAUGGAUACCAUUUUCUAUGAGGCUCAAAGACAAGGAAGAAUAUCCUUCUAUGUCACCGCAAUAGGAGAAGAGGCAAUAAAUAUAGCAUCUGCAGCUGCAUUGCAAUUGGACGAUCCUGUCUUUCCUCAGUAUAGGGAGUCUGGAGUUCUGUUGUGGAGGGGAUUUACUCUGCAAGAAUUCGCAAACCAGUGUUUUGGAAACAAGAAUGAUAAUUGUAAAGGAAGGCAGAUGCCAGCGCAUUAUGGCUCUGUCAAGCAUAAUUAUUUCACCGUGGCAUCAACAGUUGCUACUCAGGUUCCACAUGCUGUUGGUGCUGCUUAUUCUCUAAAGAUGGAUCGCAUAAAUGCGUGCAGUAUAACUUAUUUUGGAGAUGGAGGCACUAGUACGGGAGAUUUCCAUGCUGCUUUGAACUUUGCAGCAGUUAUGGAGGCACCUGUGAUCUUUUUCUGCCGGAACAAUGGAUGGGCCAUCAGUACCCCUGUUGAAGAUCAGUUUCGGAGUGAUGGUAUUGUUGUUAGAGGGCAAGCAUAUGGAGUUCAUAGCAUCCGUGUAGAUGGUAAUGACGCUCUUGCUAUUUAUAGUGCCGUUCGUGCUGCGCGCCAAAUGGCCAUUACUGAGCAGAGACCUGUUCUGAUUGAGGCGCUGACAUACAGAGGAGGCCACCAUACCACAUCAGAUGACUCAACCAGAUAUCGUUCCGCUGAAGAAAUUGAAUGGUGGAGAGUUGCACAGUGUCCAUUAAGCAGAUUUAGGAAAUGGCUUGAAAAGGAAGGUUGGUGGGAUUCUGAUGCUGAAACUGAACUAAGAGCCAGCCUCAGAAAGCAGGUACUGCAUGCAAUUCAAGUUGCAGAACAGGUUGAAAAGCCUCCUGUUGCAGAUAUUUUUACAGAUGUAUAUGAUGCUCCCCCGUCCAAUCUCCAUGAGCAAGAGACAACACUCCUAGAGACGAUCGAAAAACACCCUAAGGAAUAUCCUCCAAACUUUUCAUGUUAGGUCAACUUUAGUGAUUCAUUCAACAGGGCACUAAUCUUUCAAUUUCAAAUUCAUCUCAUGAUGAUUUCAAACUGCUUUUGGCAAGUAAAUCUUCUUGUUUGUUAUGAUAGGUUCUUGGUUAUGUGUUAGUCACUGUGAUUUACUUGACCAAUUCAUCUUAACUACUGUAUCAAUCAUCCCCCAUGCUUUUCAAGUUU